UCAGAAUGUCUCGCACCUGAGCCUCUGGCGUGCCUCUGGCAUGGGCCGUGCCUGCUUCGUGUGGGCUUUACUGCUCGGAGCUGCUGACCAGAUGUGGAAUGCAUUCUCCGACUUCGACUGUGUUUCACUUGUCCCGACGGGGGGUUGGGCUUGCCGUCCUGGUCAGCACAGCGUUUGGCACUUCCACCACAGAAGAAGUGGCAAACACUACCAGCACCACUUCAGUUCCUGAGUUCUCAUACUAUGUUGGGGAUUGGGCAGCUUGCUCGACGACUUGUGCAAUUGGAAACCGGUUGAGAGAGGUAUUUUGCUACAGGACAUGCUCAAUUCCUCGUUCAUGCACAUCAGGAGUCACAGACUUCCACUGUACAAACAUUGAGAAACCAAGCAGUUCAGAGCUAUGCUACGGUGCCGAACCAUUUUGUCCUGCCACGACCACCAUCACAUCUUCCAUAAGUAUCACCAGAACAGCGACCACUUCAACUGCCACUGUAGUGACAAAAACUACCACACGAGGAGUACGGGAUGGCUGGGAAUGCGUUCCGCUGGAAACAAACGACUGCGUUCCUGCACAGAUAGCAGCAUCUCAGUGUGGUGCGCACUGUUCAUGUUGCAGAAGGAGCACUACGCAGGCUCCUUUUAUUCCUACCCGCACCACAACAACGGCCCCCCCAUCAGAUGACUCAUAUGGUUUGCUGAUUGCUGUCCUUGUUGGGUUGGUGCUGACGGCUGCCUGUUUCAUUGUCGUUUUUGCUGUCGUUGGGUGGCGCUACUACAAUAGCAAGCCGAAAUUAAAGCAGAAGCGGAGCGAGCGGAGUGCUCACAAUACCCAUCCUAACCAUGGACAAGCCCAAACUUAUGGAGCGUCGACUGGCCACAGAUCCGACAGGAUCCAUCCAGACGAACCAGAAAAGACAGUUUUUGACAGGAAGCUUGGAAGAGGGGUUGCUUCUGCUGCUCCAGGCGGGUUCUAUGACGGGCCUCCAGACUGGAUGGAUGAGGAAGCUGGUAUGUCCUCCAAGACGCCAAGUCCUCGCAGCGCAUACAGCAGGGCAUUCAGCCACAGCGCUUUUGGGGCUGACAAAGAUGAGUCAGCAAAGUCCAGCCCAAGCAGACGCAGAAGGCAAGAAACAGAGCAAGACAGGCCUGAAGAAAGGCCAAGUCCGACUGCGCCUUCAGGGACCUUGCCACCUGGGUACGCAUCAGCGGCCCGCCGGAACCGACGAGAAGGAAAGGAACCUCCCGAUGUUGGGGCCGAGCCAGAGCAACCUCAAGACAUUCCGGGACAGGCAAGAGGAGACGGAGAAGUAGGGGGAACAAACAAAGGCAGUUCUCAGACACAAGGCAAAAAAAGUGCAGCGCCGCCAAGCGAGGACUCCAAGCCUGGCCCCGCUUCCAGCUCUAAAGGAGGCGACAGCAAGUCCAACAAGGAUUCGCCCCGCGGUGCUGAGAAUGCAUCCAGGAGCAAAAGCGGAGCCGCCAGUGGUGCGAGCUGCAGCCUCGACUUCCAUCAGUUUUUGUUCAACCUUGACAAGGAGAUGGCCCAAGCACCGACCCUCGCGUUGCGGCCGAUACAGCAGCAGCUCCGGAGGCCGGAGACCUUAUCGCGAAGGUGGACCAUGAAUUGGACCAGUCUCAAUGCAAGGACUUGGAGACUCGGCGACGCAUCUUCAAGAAUCUCAUCCUGAAGUGGCACCCGGACAAAAAUCAGGAAGAGGUGCUCGCCACAGAGGUUUUUCGCCAUCUUAUGGCACGACGCGGGAGAUACUUAGAGGCAUGAGAAGAUGCAGCGCGAGGUAGUAUCCGGCUGUACGAUUCGCAUGUUUGAAGCAAAUGUCCUUCAGAGUCUGUGGAAAAAACACGCUCUGAUGACACUGUAUAUAGUGGCCAGCCCUGAGCUCCUAACACGGUGCAGCUUGCAGUGGCGUGCGCAUCAAACUUGAGACCAGAUGUGUAAGCAUGAUGGUCUUAUUCAUUGUCUCCAGUUAAAGAAACAUACUUUGCUAAGAUCAUCAACGGAGAGUAAAG